AUGCGGUUUCUUGGCGUUACGCAGUUUUCUCCUACUCAUGCCAGAAAAGCCUUUCCUUGCUUUGACGAGCCCAUCUACAAGGCCACUUUCAAAAUCAGCAUCAGGCAUCAAGCAACUUACUUAUCUUUGUCCAACAUGCCAGUUGAAACUUCUGUUUUUGAGGAAGAUGGAUGGGUUACAGAUCACUUUUCACAGACCCCUCUCAUGUCCACGUAUUACCUAGCUUGGGCAGUGUGCAAUUUUACAUACCGGGAAACUGUCACCAAGAGUGGAGUAGUUGUACGGUUAUAUGCAAGGCCUGAUGCAAUCCGGAGAGGAUCGGGGGACUAUGCUCUAAAUAUUACAAGGAGACUCAUUGAAUUUUAUGAAGAUUAUUUUAAAGUGCCCUAUUCCCUGCCAAAAUUAGAUCUGUUAGCUGUGCCUAAGCAUCCAUAUGCUGCUAUGGAGAACUGGGGGCUGAGUGUUUUUGUGGAGCAAAGGAUACUACUGGAUCCAAGCAUUUCUUCUAUAUCAUACCUACUGGAUGUCACCAUGGUCAUUGUACAUGAGCUAUGUCAUCAGUGGUUUGGUGACCUUGUGACUCCAGUUUGGUGGGAGGAUGUGUGGUUGAAAGAAGGUUUUGCUCACUAUUUUGAAUUUGUGGGGACAGACUACCUCUACCCAGGGUGGAACAUGGAAAAGCAGAGAUUUCUGACAGAUGUCCUACAUGAAGUGAUGUUGCUGGAUGGUUUGGCCAGUUCACAUCCAGUAUCCCAGAAGGUGCAGCAAGCCACAGACAUUGACAGGGUGUUUGACUGGAUUGCCUAUAAAAAGGGUGCAGCUCUAAUUCGAAUGUUGGCCAACUUUAUGGGUCACUCUGUGUUUCAAAUGGGCUUACAAGACUAUUUAACCAUUCACAAGUAUGGCAAUGCAGCCAGAAAUGAUCUCUGGAACACAUUGUCAAAGGCUUUAAAAAGAGUUGGAAAGUCUGUAAAUAUCCAAGAAGUAAUGGAUCAGUGGACACUACAGAUGGGUUAUCCUGUUAUCACUAUCUUGGGCAAUGAAACUACAGACAAUGUCAUAGUGAUCUCCCAAGCGCGUUUUGUUUAUGAUAUUGAUGCUAAACCCAAGGAUCCUGCCCUUGGAGACAACAGCUACUUGUGGCAGAUUCCAUUAACAAUUGCAGUAGGAAAUACGAGCCACAUCUCAUCAGAGGCAAUUAUAUGGGUGUCUAACAAAUCAGAACACCACAGAAUUCCUGCUUUGGAAGAGGCAAGUUGGUUGCUGGGGAACAUCAACCAGACUGGCUACUUUAGAGUUAAUUAUGAUAUUAGGAAUUGGAGGCUGCUAAUUAAUCAGCUAACAAGGAACCAUGAGGUUAUCUCUGUCAGUAAUCGAGCAGGCUUGAUCGAUGAUGCAUUCAAUCUAGCCAGAGCUGGUUAUUUGCCUCAGAAUAUUCCUUUGGAGAUUAUCAGAUACCUUUCAGAGGAGAAGGAUUUUCUGCCUUGGCAUGCUGCCAGCCGAGCUCUUUAUCCUCUGGAUAAAUUGCUGGACCGCACAGAAAGCUACAACAUCUUCAAUGAGUAUAUUUUAAGACAAGUUGCAUCAAUGUAUCUCAAGCUUGGAUGGCCAACGAAUAAUUUAAACAAAUCACUUGUUCAAGCAUCCUACCAACAUGAAGAGUUACGUCGGGAAGUCAUCAUGUUGGCCUGCAGCUUCGGUAACAAACACUGUCACCAACAGGCUGCAACAUUAAUCUCGGAUUGGAUUUCUAGCAAUAGGAACCGAAUCCCACUCAAUGUGAGAGACAUCGUCUACUGUACAGGAGUGUCACUGAUGGAUGAAGAUGUAUGGGAGUUCAUUUGGAUGAAAUUUCAUUCUACCACAGCAGUGUCUGAGAAGAAAAUAUUAUUAGAAGCCUUAACUUGCAGUGAUGACAGGAACUUGCUCAACAGGCUUUUGAAUUUGUCUCUCAACUCCGAAGUUGUCCUGGAUCAGGAUGCAAUUGAUGUGAUAAUCCACGUAGCUCGAAAUCCACAUGGAAGGGAUCUUGCUUGGAAGUUUUUCAGAGAAAAAUGGAAAAUAUUAAAUGCUAGGUAUGGAGAAGCAUUAUUUAUGAAUUCAAAGCUUAUCAGUGGGGUCACAGAAUUCCUCAAUACCGAAGAGGAACUAAGAGAGCUAAAGAACUUUAUAAAGAGUUAUGAAGAGGGAGCUGCUGCCUCUUUCUCUCGCGCUGUGGAAACAGUGGAAGCCAAUGUGCGGUGGCAAAGGCUUUACAAGGAAGAACUAUUCCAGUGGCUAAGAAAAUCCUUGACGCACUAA